AUGUCGUCACAAUCACGAGAGCACCAUGGUAGGGCCGCCGGCGGCCCGCACUACGAAGACGCCUCGGAUAACGAUGACUACGACAUCCGACCUUCUGCGGAGAUAUCAGACGGCGAUCACGACCUUUUGGAAUCAGAAGACGAGCGCGAGCGGCUGCUAACACAAAAUGAGGGAGUAUCUGGUCUGUUCAGCUCCGGCGUGAGGAUUGGAAGGCGCGAUGGCGGCGGAAAGAGAACUGAGAUGACGGAGCGCAAGCGAGGCCUCAGCACGGGAACGAGCACACCGACGUACGACACAGAGGAAGGGAUUGGCGCAUCGACUUCAAGCCUCUUGCGGUCUGGAAGAAGUUCCGAGAGCGACAAGCAGCGGCUGCGUGCGACUCGGGCGCAAAACAAGGCGAAGCGAUCAAGGCGAUGGCGAAGCAUUUGCGUGUAUACUUCGAUCACUGGGUUCUUCUCCAUCCUCCUUGCCUUUGUGUACCGUCUUUCGAACCCUGCGGACAGCCAGAUGGCAGCAUUCACAGCAGCCGCCGUCUCGAACGGAACGUCUUUCUUCGCACCAACAACCAUCUUGAUAUCGCUCGAUGGGUUCCGUGCAGAUUUCUUGUACCGAAACAUCACGCCCACGCUCAACCAGUUCGUGCGAGAGGGCAUAUCGCCCAAGUACAUGUUGCCGAGCUUUCCCAGCGUUACCUUCCCAAAUCACUAUACAAUGGCGACCGGAAUGUACCCGGAAGCGCAUGGCAUUGUGGGGAAUAGCUUCUGGGAUCCACUGCUGGAGAAGGAGUUCUACUACACAGAUGCAGAGCGUAGCCUGCAACCAUUCUGGUGGGGUGGAGAACCCCUUUGGGUGACGGCAGAGAAGCAGAAGGUCAGGACGGCGGUGCAUAUGUGGCCAGGCUCUGAAGCUCAUAUCGAAGAUCAACAGAUUGCGUACGUGGAUAAGUACAACGGCUCGGAAGUGCUGGAUAGAAAAGUCGACCGUAUCAUGGAUUUGCUCGAUGUACCCGGCCCUCAAGACAUAGGCGCAAAGGCUGACACACCUCGUCCCCAGCUUAUUGCUGCGUACGUCCCUAACGUUGAUGGUGACGGGCAUAGGUAUGGACCAAACAGCACAGAAAUCCGUCAGACCAUCUCCAAUGCAGACGCCAUGAUUGGUGGUAUACUCAAAGGUCUACAGGAGCGCAACCUCACCAGUAUUGUCAACGUUGUUGUGGUCUCUGACCACGGCAUGGCCACCACCGACGUAUCUCGCAUGAUCCAACUGGAAGACCUUGUCGACCCAGCGGAGCUGUCACACAUUGAUGGUUGGCCUCUGUACGGUCUAAGACCUAAGGAUCCAAAGAACCUUCGUCCAUUAUACGAAAAGAUCAAGCGUAAGCACGGGGAUAACCCAAACAUCGAGAUUUAUCUGCGUGAAAACAUGCCUACGCGUUAUCACUUCUCGAACAACGAUCGCAUAGCACCGCUUUGGAUCAUACCAAAGGCAGGCUGGGCGAUCGUCGCAAAGAGUGAAUUUGACGUUGAGGAAGGGAAGAAAAAGGGUGAGGUGUACCACCCAAGAGGUCUGCAUGGGUACGACCACGAACACCCGCUCAUGAGAGCCAUCUUCGUCGCGAGAGGACCUGCGUUUCCCCACACGCCGGGGAGCCGUAUGGAACCUUUCCAGAACAUUGAGCUGUACAACAUCAUCUGUGACACCAUCGGCCUGACUCCUGCACCCAACAACGGCACCUUACGCCUCCCUCUGAGGCCAACAGGCCUGCAUAACGAUAAUGAAGACUCGCCCAACGAGACACCGACAGAUCCCGUUGGCGUCCAUUCAUUGACAUCUGCACCGCCUUCUGCGGCCACUAUGUCUGCAGAGUUCGACUCAGUAUCCAGCCUUGCUGCUUCAGCAUCUGGUCUUACAGAUACAACUUCGUCAACAGAAGGGAGCGCAUCGGCUUUAGCGUCAGCAAGUGUUACUGCCAGUGCUCCGCCUGCAGCUUCGAGUAAAGCGGAGCAUAAACACUGGUGGGACUGGUUCACGGAUAAGGCUGAUGAGAUGGAGGAGUGGGUUGAUGAUUUUGUGCAUAAGCAUGAUCCUCUCAAGCAGGAUGAGGCUAAGCAAGGGUCGUAG